UAUGUCCAUUCUCAUUUCUCACACCUAUAAAUUUAGAGUUACAUUCCUCUUUAACUCUACCAUUCAAUAAACCAAAAACCGAUGUAUUAUAUUUUUUGAUCUAAGGAUCUGAAAUUGUUCUCUUUUUCACCCAAAAAUGGCUUCAAACUGCGGUAACUUCGAUGAGCAUCGAUGGAUUAUUCAAAUCCGUCGAACACUAGAUGAAGAACUUGAAGAGGACACUGAAAUCCCAGUUAGCAUUUUUAACGUCCCAAAAGCUCUAUUGUUGAGUGACCAAGAUUCUUACGUGCCACAAUUGGUGGCAAUAGGCCCUUAUCAUUAUUGGCGCUCUGACCUCCACGAUAUGGAGAGGUACAAGCUUGAUGCUGCAAAGAGAACUCAGAAACACUUUCAAAGUCUCAAGUUCCAGCAGCUUGUGGAACAGCUGAUAAAAUUUGAGCACAGAAUUCGUUGCUCGUACCAUAAGUACUUAAAUUUUAAUGGUGAAACUUUGGCCUGGAUGAUGGCUGUUGACGCGUCUUUCUUGCUCGAGUUCCUUCAAAUCUAUGCCAUCAAAGAAGGUAAAAUUCUAACCAGAGUUUCCUCAAGAAUGUCGCAUUUGGUUGAUGUUGCUGGGAGAAAAUCCGCGCAUAAUGCCAUUCUAAGAGAUCUAAUCAUGCUCGAAAAUCAAAUCCCAUUGUUCUUAUUAAGGAAAAUCCUGGAAGUCCAGUAUUCAUCUUUAGAGUUGGCAGAUGCCAUGUUGAUGUCUAUGCUAACUGGAUUUUGUAAAGAGCUUUCUCCAUUCCAAAUGAUGGAUGAAUUGCCCAAAGUACAAGUCACAGAAUGCUCACAUUUGCUAGACUUUCUGUACCAAUUCAUCGUGCCCAAAUUGGACGUUACAACGUCUGAAAUAACAGAAGAUGAUCAAGAGCAAAUUAACUCGAGUCAAGGUGAAAAUAGUAGUUUCGUUGGUAAUUCAAGUCACGUUGGACAACUUAUUAAUGAAGUUUGGAAGAUCCUUGUGAAAAUAAACAAAGGCCCUAUACGUCUUGUUAAGAAAGUUAUAUUUUCGAAACCAAUUAAAUUCCUAGUGAAAAUGCCUUGGGAUUUUUUUUCUAACCUUCCUGGGGUAAAACUUUUUAUACAACCCAUAACGUAUUUUUUCUUUUCACAAGAAAAAGCAGAAGUAAAUUCUGAAACUAAUGUUAAUAAGCCCCCUCUUUUUGAAGAACUAGCCAUACCAUCAGUAACCGAACUUUCUAAAUCCGGAGUAAGUUUUGUACCAACCAAUUCAGGACUCAUGAGCAUAAAUUUCGACGAUAAAAAGAUGAAAUUUUAUUUGCCUAGAGUCAGUCUAGACGUAAAUACAGAGGUCAUUUUGAGGAAUUUAGUUGCAUAUGAGGCAUGUAACGCGUCAGGGCCAUUGGUUUUUACGCGUUACACUGAAUUAAUGAACGGGAUUAUUGAUACUGAAGAAGACGCGAUGUUGCUUAGAGAAAAGGGGAUAAUUUUGAAUCGUUUGAAGAGUGAUAAAGAAGUUGCAAACUUGUGGAAUGGGAUGAGUAGAUCGUUGAGAUUAACGAAAGUUCCUUUCAUAGAUAAAGUGAUUGAAGAUGUUAAUGGAUUUUACAAUGGGAGAUGGAAUAUCAAGAUUGGAAGAAUGAUGAAACAUUAUGUGUUUGGGUCAUGGAAGUUUCUCACAUUUUUGGCUGCAAUUAUUCUGUUAAUGUUGAUGACUUUACAAGCGUUUUGUUCAGUCUAUAAGUGUGCUCGUAUAUUUCAUAUUCAGAAUUCUGAUAAAUGAUUCUUUUUAUUUGUUUUAUUAUUUUAUUUUGAUAUGUAUAUUUCAUUAAUAUUUGCAAAAGCACGUAAGAUAAGAGUAAAAGUUCUACUUGUGAGAUGGCUGUUGGUUGAAGAAAUGCUAAAAGUGAAAGGUGGGUUUGUAAGGCUGUUUAUUUAGGGGAAAUAUGCAUGGUGCUUUAAUAAUUUGUUAUUGUUUGAUACUUUCCAGCCUAUGGACUCCUAUGUUCUUUUUCAAGAUGCUACCUUCUUGAAUUUAAUUUUUCAAUGUUUCUUUUCAAUCUUAGAGUCUUCAACUUCAAUGCAGUCACUCAUUGAAGUUAUUGCCAAAACACUUGGUGAUUUUUUGAUUCAUUUUUUCCAAGUUUUGAUAGAUAGAGCCAUCCGUUGUGUUGAUUGAAGGUACUAGAACUAACAAUUAUCCUGUAAACAUAGUUUGAGGAUGUGAACAAGCUAAUUCAUACACAACGAAUUAUGAGAAAAAACACUUUAAUUUAUU